ACUAACUGACUGUGACUGGAGCAGAACGGAGGGGUUUUUGUUUGUUUGUUUUUUUGCCCAAUCAGAAGGUGGAAUUCUAUUGAACCAGUACUUAAUGUUGAUCACCUGAUCCACGUGCAAACGCGGCAACAGUGAUCUGACAAGAGAGGAGGGAGGGGAACCACACAGAAACAGUAAUGGAGGCCUUCAGCUCCAAGGACAUGGCCAUGAAGGCCCAGAAGAAGCUCCUCAGUCAGAUGGCCAACAAGUCGGUGGUGCAGAUGUUCAUCGACGACACCAGCAGCGAGAUCCUGGAUGAGCUCUACCGCGUCUCCAAGGAGUACAGCGGGAACAAAACAGAGGCCCAGAAAGUCAUCAAGGACCUCAUUAAGAUUGCUGUCAAGGUUGGCGUCCUCUUCCGCCAUAACCGCUUCACUCCAGAGGAGCUGACAAUAGCUCAGAACUUCAAGAAGAAGCUACACCAGGGGGCCAUGACUGCUAUUAGCUUCUAUGAGGUGGACUUCACCUUCGAGAAAACUGUAAUGUCUGAGAUCCUGACCAGCUGUCGAGACAUGCUUCUGAAGCUUGUGGACAAGCACCUCACGCCAAAGUCACAUGGACGCAUCAACCACGUCUUCAACCACUACUCUGACACAGAGCUACUGACACAACUGUACAACCCAGAUGGUUCUUUCAGACCCCACCUCACAAACAUCUGCAAUGGCCUUAAUAAACUCUUGGAAGAGGGCAAGUUAUGAAAACGCCAGACCACAAAACAAAAGGACUACUUUUUUAACAAGUGGCUUACACUGUUAGAUAAGCAAGAGCUGUGCAUUGAGACAAUCUGGAGAGGUGAACAUCCUUGCCCAAAUGAGAAACUCUCAAAAGACCUCAGCUCAGUCUGUACUGUACAUGUGCAGAUGUGUUGUGUUGUAAAAUAAUGUAUUAUGUACAUAUAUAUUCGUGUUAUAUCAAAUGUAACUUCAGAAAUAACUGCCACCAAAUCUCACUAUUUGUAGAUAUAAAGCUACGAAAAGGGAUUUAAACAACAUUAAUGUCUAUUUCAUGUUUGUUUGAACAUUUUAUGUUUGGAACCUCUUCUUUUCAACUCAUAACUGAACAUACAGAUUACAGUGGAUUCUUAAUGGAAGGCAUCCUCGUUGUCUCUUUCCAAACAAAUUUGAGGGGUUUACCACUGGUUGUGAGCGACCUACAGUACUAAAAAGAGAAAUCAUAGAUGGCAAUGCUCAAUGUUACACUAGAUGCAUGUGAUGUGUUUUUUGCGCUCACUAGACAGUGCAAAGACACUGUGGGUGGAAACACAGACAGACAGGGAGACAGGCAGACAGGGUCAUUGCAAAGCCAGGCGAAUUGAACACUAAAAAAAUACACAAUCGAUUUAUGAGGCAACGGUCAAGGAAUGGGAGACAGUGCAAUGCAACAACGUCCUCAGACAGCUAACUACCGUUUCAGGCAGAAAACAGUGGCAUGUAGUAUGUGUACAGUAUAAUGUCUGUGUCAACAGAUGCAACUUGCACUUGCUUUGAAUGCAUUGAAUCGAAGGUGUAAAACAGGCCCAUCAGAACAGGUUAUAUUAUUACUAUGAGUCAACAAUGUCCUCUAGUGUUCAGCUAGGGCACAGCAGUCUUCGCUUACCAGUGUUGAAAAGCAGCAAAAAACCCAUACCCACAUCUCCAGACUAUAUACUUGUUGAAUACAACAGUUAGAUGUAUUGAACAGCUUUCCUCCACAAGAACACCUUACACAGGAUAACAGUUUGCCAACAAUCUUCUUUCAGAGCUCAUUCUCAUUCACACUGUGCAGCUCUUGUGAAAUUCCAUGAACAUUCUGUCAACACAGGGCGGAUGGACAGCACUAGUAGCUGCAUUUCCAACAAAUGAAUACAUUUCAUAUAACAGUUUGGGGAGUCUGGUGGGCUAAGGGGCUGUACCAUUACACCGGGGACCAGGGUUUGACCCUGACUCAAGGUAAUUUCCUGAUCCAUCCCCAUCUCUCUUCCAUUCAUUUCAAUGUGAAAGCCGAAAGCCAGACAUCUGAAAGCCGAAUUGAGAAACUCCAACUCCCAUUGUCAUUGCGACACAGCACACAAGUGAACACUGCACACAAUGAAUUGCCUUUAUGUCUCAAUGGCGCCCCAGGGGGACAGUAC